AUGGACAUCAAUUGCUCUUAUUUUGAAGUGGUUGCCUCCUCUGGUGUACCUGCAAUGCAUGCCGCCGUCAUACCUCCAUCAGGCCAAGUUCUGUUUCUAGACAAAGUUGAAGAUUAUUCGGAACUGCGUUUACCCAACAAUCAUUACGCAUAUUCCUCCUUGUACGAUCCCGAAACUCAUAGUCUGACUCCUCUGGCUGUCGUCACAAACCCCUUUUGCUGUGGCGGAUCGUUUCUGGGCGAUGGGCGACUCGUGACCGUGGGUGGAAACGCACCUUUGCUUUGGCUUGAUCCGACGGUUCAAAAUGGCUUCGAUGCUAUUCGGUAUCUCGGAAACCACAACGGGAGCUACUGCUGGAAAGAGCCGGGAAAUAAGUUGGCUUCAAACCGAUGGUAUGCGUCUGCACAGACACUGGCGGACGGCAGGAUGUUCGUUGCCGCAGGCAGCUUAAACGGCCUGGACCCAUCAAAUUUCAGCAACAACAAUCCGACCUUCGAGAUGCUGGAUCAAAAUGGAGUCAGUAAUGGUGAAAAUACACUCAUAGACAUCUUGGUCGAUACCAUGCCGUACUAG